GGGGAGGGCGGGGGAGGGGAGAGGAUGGGGGGGUGCUUCCCUCUCUGCGUCCCAAACAAAGUGUCACAAAGAGCUCGGCCCGCGGCAGUAGCGGAGGCGGCUGUAACUCAGCUUUUGUUCUCCUGGCUGGGGUAGCAGAGUCCUGGCCUCCCUAUCUCCCAACCCUGCCCCCCAUCGUCCUUCUGGCUUAUCUUCCCUGGGAGGGGUCUGGGGUGCUGCUGGAAGAACCACUCCUGCGGGAUCACAGGUCCUACUCUACUUGCCAACGGAUUUCUGGGAGGGGGAUUUUCCCAGGGGCUCUCUGGCCCACCCCAUCUUGGCCCCCAGCCUGAAGAUCGAUGCUUACAUGGCGUUAGGACCGACUUUUCUCAGGUCAGCUCCAGUGAAGGAAAAUUAAGCUACAUGCCCCCCUUAAAUGUAGGUCCUCCAGAACUUUCAGAAUCAGGGUCAAGUUAGGACAUGCCUCGGGUAAGAUUCGUCAUAGCAGGGUGGCAGCAGGUGUAGCUUCUUGUCAUCUGCUGUACAUUCGGAGUCCACGGCUGAGGUUCCUGCCCCCAACUCCAUAGUGAAGACGGGGAAGGAGGCUUUACCAGGAAUUCAGUGUACAAGGUGGCAGCUGCUGUAUAGGCUGGGCUUGGAGGAGCUGGUGAGCCAGGUGUCGAGGCCAUAGAGAGGAGGCCAUGAAAGUGAACUGCUGCUCUGUGAGGCGAAACUCCUCUUCCUUUUAAUCCCGUCUAGCGCAGUGGUUAUCAUAAUUAUUAGCAGACUUGGGAGGUGUAGGAUUCGCAACGGGGGAAAACAUCAAAUGUUGGAGAUGACCAGAGACAGAGGCCCAGAGGCCUAGUUACAACUAGACCUCAGAGGUCUUGAACACUUGCUUCUUACACUUUGAUUUGAAAAACUUUUAAACCACAAGGCUGAGGGAAAUCUUGUUGGUUCUCCAUUUACCAGAUGCUUCUGUGUACCUGUCCUUGUUUAUAAUUUCCACCAAACAUCCAUCUUCUUUUACUUAGUAAGGGUUGAGGGUUCACAUCCUCGUACGGACCAGUGUUCCUAGCAUGAAGAGUAGUUGGCCUGUUGCUUUGGAAAUAUUCUGAUUCCUAUCUUUGGCCCUAUAACCAUGUAGAAUCCAAAUAAGGGCAAGAUAACCCCUGAUUCCCAGUGGGGAUAGAAAGUAGGUCAGUGCUACUGUCUGGCCAAGUCUCGUGGAUGGUGUUUAAGGGCUGAGUAUAGAGAACUUGGUGAUGAUUGUCCAUGGGCAGUACAUGUGUGACUUAGGUUCCUAACCGGUUUACAGAGUCCCAGUCCUGGGCAGUGCGCUCCCCUCCUGAGAUCGGGUUCCUGGAGAUCUGGCUUGCCGUGGAGAUGAUGGAGAUGGUUCUUCACUGGGCCUCUGAGGGGUCUCAGUGAAUUUUGUUGAUUUUAAGCUGUCCUCUGCGGGAAUUCUUCCCCUGGGAAUUCAGCUUCAGUUUGGGUCUUACAUAUCACUUUGAAUCCUGGAGACGGCUGUGUGUAAAGUGGGUUUUGUUGGUGUGCCUGUGUGUGUGUGUGUGUGUUUGUGUGUGUUGGGGAGAAGCUGUGCUCUAUUCUUGCUCUUUUUGGUUCAGAAAUGAGGCCAGCUUCCCAUUUUUUGCUUGCUGUUCCCAUGUUUUGCUUGCUGUCCUACAGGCAGUUCUAGGGGCCCUAGAAUAUUCUCAGAAUCAGAAUAUGUGCCCAUAGGUUAGUCAGCUAUGACCAUGCAGUAUUCCCAGCCUCCCUCCUCCCCCUUCCCCGGCCAUCUGCUUCCUCUGAAUAUACCAGAUUGGCUGUACACCAGGAUGUUCCGGGAAUCCCCAGGAGAGCAACAGAAUGUGAUGAACCCAAAUACGAUGCCUCAGUAACUCGUUCCAGGAUGUACAAACUGUAACUGUCAGGACACUCCUUAUAGCUAAUUAAAAAUUUCCUAGUUUCAUCUAUUUUCUAUUACCUCUGUCUAUUUUCAGUGACAUCCAAAAGGCCAAAAUAAUCCCUCUGGCACUACUUUUUUUCCCUUUCCCCAUGAUACUCAUUAAAAAAAAAUUCUCUAGCUUUUCUCAGUGCUUUAUUUGUGGUGCUAAAAUGGCAAAUGUGACCCCUCUAGCACUUCAUAGCUCUAUCUAUGGUACUGAGGUGGCCAAAGUGGCUUCUCUGGUAGCCCACUGCUCUCUCCAUGGUACUGAAGAAAUGACCAUAUGUUUUAAUAUUUCUGGGGUCCAGAAGAGUGUUGGACUUGGAACUGUGACACUUUCAGCUGGAAAGGACCAACAUUAUAAGUUAGUCCAACCCUUUUACUUUACAGAUGAGUAUACUGAGAGGUUGAGUGAUUGAAAGUUAUGGGCUAUUAAUGGUCAGAAUGGGCUGACUAUUCUAACUCAGCUUUCAUGAAAUAGUGAACCUGGCCAGGCUCUUGGCUCUAGGAAGGGAGUUUAUUUGGAGGAUCCAGAGGGUGAGCAGAUCCCUGAAUUUGGAGCUACAGAAAUACACAUAUCUUAAUGAUAGUGGAGGCUGUGCAGUGACCCUUAGACAAGGACAUUUCAUUAAUUAACUUGUUAGGAAUACUCCCAAAGCCCAGAUUCUUCAUACAACAGGCACUUUUCCCUUCAUGGAGUCUAACCACAUUUACUAAAUGUUCAAAAUAAGGCAGCUUUGGGCCCCCAGAGCCUUUUCUCUGCUAAGAGGGCUGACUCCUGGCCCAGUUCUCUUCUAUUAAAGAUCUGUACACAAAGUAAUGCUCGCGUCCUUUUCUUUCUUAGUAACUCAUUUCUGUUUCAGAGUGCCUGUUGUGGGAAGUUCUUUACAUUUCAAAUACCUACCCAGGCCAAGGCGUGCGCGUGGCCUUGACCAUAUACAGUAUGGGGGAAGACAGGUAUGACUGGAUGACUUCUGUCAGGCUCCUAGGCCUGUUUCCAUUCAUUUUAAUUCUGGGGUUGCUUCUAAGUCCAAAAGCUGACCUCUGCUGCUUAGAAUCAGGACCCCCGCCCCCCCAUCCUCUUCCUCUCAGUGCUCUUCUUCCCUGGCCCUGGAGCUCUGCACAUCUCGGGCCUAGGGAAUUUUAGCUGGAGAAUUUAACCCCUUCCUGCUCAGAGCAUGUACUGAGCCCUAUCUGUGCAGAUGGCCCGGCCCCGCCCCCGUCCCUCACUCCAGCCUCUUGAGCUCAGAGCCAGUGUAAUCCUCCUCUUGUGUGAGGAAGCCUCUCCCCUGCAGAGAGGAGGAAAGCCUGCCUCGGAACAGCUCUGGACAAAGGGGCUGAGAUGCCCCAUCAAACCGCAGGCUCCAAGGUUUGAAACAGGGGAAGAAUCCUAGAUGGUAUUUGCAGUUUUUAACCCUUUGCUCAGGCAGGCAGUGCCCCUUAACUUCCACUCCUCCCCCAACUCUCUCUUCCUUCGCUCUCUGUGUCCCCCUCCACGCCCCUCCCCCUCUGUCUGUCUCCAGACUCUGCUGCUGGGAGGUGUUUCUCUCCCAUGCAUGAAUGAGUCUCUGUAAUGAAUGGAAAUGAAUGGAUCAGGAAUCCAGGCGGAGAGGGAGGGAGAGUAAGGGGGAAAGACCAAAAGGGUAAGGACAGAAGCAAGGACAGUGGAACCUGGCUGGUCAGUUAAGGGUCUGAGAGUGACUGGUCCCCACCUGGACAACUGGGGAGCACGGCCCCAAGCUCUGCUCAGUUGCUCAUCAAGGUGCACAGCUCCACCCACACGGAACAGGGGCUGCUGUGAUGCUGUGCUCCCCACCCUCCCCAGGUGGUGAGGUGGUACUGGUGCUCUGGACCGUGCCUUUAAAAUGUAUAAUUAGCGGGGAGAAGACAGGAUCAUCAGGGAAGCUUUUGGAGCUGGCAAGUUGAGGGGCGCUGCUUCUGAGGACAGCAGAGCUCCCUUGUGCCUUAGGAUUCAAACAGGAAGAAGAGAGGCUCAGGAAUACAGGGUGCUAAGAGUCUGGAACUGAGGCUGACUCCCACCCUGAUGAAAAUCAGGGCUCACCUUUCUUCCAUCUCUCUCUUUAGCUCCUCAGCACCUGUUGCCUUCACUAGCAGCUUUUCCUCCUCCUCCCUGAACUCCCCAGAACCAAAGAAUGUGAAGGGGGUCCAUGGAGGGCUCACGUCCCCGUGUCCCCUGCGGCCACUUAGCGCCGUCACCACCUGCCUUUGACGGCGAACUGGAUUUGCAGCGCUACUCCAACGGCCCAGGCGUGAGCGCGGGCUCGCCGGGGAUGGGAGCGGUGGGCUGGUCUGAGAGCCGUGCGGGCGACCGGCGCUUCCCCUGCCCUGUGUGCGGGAAGCGCUUCCGCUUCAACUCCAUCCUGGCCUUGCACCUGCGCGCGCACCCCGGGGCGCAGGCCUUCCAGUGCCCACACUGCGGCCACCGCGCGGCGCAGCGCGCUCUGCUGCGCUCGCACCUGAGAACGCACCAGCCGCAGCCUGAGCGGCCCCGAAGAAAACGGUCUGUUGGUUGGAGGGACCCGAGCUGAAGGGGGCCGGGGCGCCACCGGCAAGGAUUGCCCCUUCUGCGGGAAAUCCUUCCGCUCAGCGCAUCACCUCAAAGUCCACCUGCGAGUGCACACAGGUGAGCGCCCCUACAAGUGUCCGCACUGCGACUACGCGGGCACCCAGUCCGGCUCACUGAAGUAUCACCUGCAGCGUCACCACCGUGAGCAGAGGAGCAGUGCAGGCCCGGGGCCACCCCCUGAACCGCCACCCCCUUCCCAGCGGGGUUCCGCCCCACUGUCUGGAGCUAAGCCAGCUCAGCAGCCUACUACCUGGGUGGAGGGCACCGCAAGCCCCCGGGCCGCCAGCAGUACCGGUCCGGGUUCCCGGCGGAAGCCUGCCAGCCCCGGGAGGACCCUGCGCAAUGGGCGAGGCGGUGAGGCCGAACCCCUGGACCUGUCCCUGCGGGCAGGGCCGGGAGGUGAGGCCGGGCCAGGGAGUGCCCUCCACCGCUGCCUUUUCUGCCCCUUUGCUACUGGAGCCCCCGAGCUCAUGGCUUUGCAUCUCCAAGUACACCACAGCCGCCGGGCUCGGGGUCGCCGGCAGCCCCAGGCCGAUGCAUCUCCCCCCUAUACCCGAGUACCAUCAGGAGAGGCCCCUCCCAGUCCUCCUCUGGAAGGCGAGGAGGGCCCUGGGCUAAGAUCAGGAGAGACAGGACUGGGGGGUCAGGAACGGUAGGGAACCCUCUUAGGGGUGAUUAGCUUAGUGAGCUUUCCCCGCAGGAGCAGGGAAGCACUAGAGGUAGUUGGGUAGAGCAGCCAGCAGGGGCAGCGUGGGACCCACAUCCCAGCCCCAGGCCGACCAGAAGUGGAGGGGCAGCGGGCGAAGGAGGGCGGGCAGCGGUGCCCACCCAGCAGCCCACGGGAGUCACAGUGCCUUAGAAAUGGCAGAGGUGAGGGUCAAAGAGCGGGGUCCCAGGGCUGGCAGAGAAGGUUGUGUCCCUGUUGAGGAACCACUCUGCCAGUUUUCGCUGGUCUAUAGGCCUGAGAGUUUAUUUUUGUACAAGGGGGUGGGGGUGGGGGGCACUGUACCCUUCUAGCCCCAUCAGGGGCCCUGUAGACGUUGCUAUUUUUGGUACGAUUCCUGUCAUCCCUGUCGCAGAGUUGUGUCCCCAAUAAACAGGUGUCUUGAGGCACA